AAGCAGCGCUUCGUGUGGACCUCGGAGCUCCACCGCCGCUUCGAGGCCGCCGUCAACACGCUCGGCAUCGACCACGCCAAGCCGCAGGCCAUCUCGCAGCUGAUGAACUUCGAGGGCGCGCCCACGCGGCAGAACAUCCAGUCGCACCUGCAAAAGUACCGGGGGCUGAUGCAGAAG